UGGUUGUUGCUGCUGGCAGGACGCAGGCCGCAGUGAUUUGGUAGCCGCUGCAGUAGGAGGAAGGACCGCGGUUCUACCAUUUCUAUCCUUCAGUUUCAUCUCGAGAUUUUGUUGGUGGUUUCGUUUGGUAGCUGAUCGGGUGAAGUGAAUGUAACGGCGAAGGUUGUUCUAUGAUAUCAGAGUCGUAGUAUUACCCACGGAGAGUGACAUCAAUCGCCAUUUUAAUUGCACGUUUCCCUGACAGAACCGCUAGCACAACAAUGGCUCUGAAAAGAAUUCACAAGGAGUUGAACGACUUGGCAAGGGACCCACCGGCCCAGUGUUCUGCAGGACCAGUAGGAGAUGACAUGUUUCACUGGCAAGCCACAAUAAUGGGACCUAACGACAGUCCUUACCAGAGCGGGGUUUUCUUCUUGACCAUACACUUCCCCACAGACUACCCCUUCAAACCGCCAAAGGUUGCAUUUACCACACGAAUCUACCACCCAAAUAUCAACAGCAACGGCAGCAUUUGUCUUGACAUUCUGCGAUCACAGUGGUCUCCAGCUCUCACCAUCUCCAAAGUCCUCCUGUCCAUCUGCUCUCUGCUGUGCGACCCAAACCCGGAUGACCCCUUAGUACCUGAGAUCGCCCGCAUCUACAAGACGGACAGGGAAAAGUACAACAAAAUAGCUCGGGAAUGGACACAAAAGUAUGCAAUGUAGUGUUGGGGUAGAAUCAUGGCCAACCACCUCUACAUAAUAAGGUUAGGGGAGCUUCAGAUGUAAAGAGAAAACAAACAAAAAACCAUUCAAACAAAUGAAGUUUAAAACAAGAUCUUGUUGGUUUCCAGUGGAGUGCUUUUUUUGAGCCACGCCUCCCCUUCACCAGAGUACCUGUAAAAACUCCCUCCGCCCCACCUUCCUACAUUUUCGCUCUCUCACUCUCUCUGUUGGACGCCUCCUUCUCCCUCAUCCCUUCCUGCCUCUCAGCUCACCUGACUACCCUACAGUGUACAAAAAGUCAACUUCCAAUAGUUGUUCACAUCUUUCCCAGCCCCCCUUUUUUCAUCUCCUCCCUACCAUGUGACCUCUGAACCCAUCUCCUGACCUCUGUGUUCCAUUACAUUUUGUCACAGCUGGGCUGUCACUGCCCAUAAAACUUCCCUUUUCCUUUUUUCAAAU